GUUAACUGACGACAACGCUCAGGUUGCAACGAUCGUUGGAUAUCGAGUGAUACAUCGCUUAUAAAGAUGCUGUCUUGCGUGGCUUCAUACUCAGAGUUGGCAUAUGAGGGCGAGAUGAUGGAGGUUGGUGUAAGUCACAGAGAAGACAAGAAGAGAUGGAGCUGCAGCCUGGAGAACGGGAACAUGGAAGAGGUGGAGGCUUUUGUGUCCAUGAAUUCAUGGAAAGCUGAGUGGUGUAGGUUCCGUGACCUACGACCUCUCACGCCCUCCUCAGACACCCCCGAAGAGGACUCCCUUCUGCCCGAUCCUGUGGAGGUCCAGGACUCACCAUUUUGUCUGACACCACCGUACAGUCCUCCAAACUUCGAGGUCAUGCGAGCCGCCCCAUCUGUGUCACCGGAACCGGUUCAGACCGGUUCGUGUCAGAGCAGAAGGCUGACAGAGGAGAGCACCCCGCCUGCAUCCGCGCAGUGCAGGUCUCAGGUCAUCAGCGUGAUCCGGCACACAGCGGACUCACAGCCGUGCACCUGCAGUACCUGCCCAAUCAUAUGGCGGGAGAGGGACAUGUUCUCCAGGAAACGCAGCCCUGACUGGGGUCUGCUGAAGAGGACGACAAGAGAGGGCAGGAGAGGAAACACUGCACCUUCCUCUGGCUGCCUACCUAAGCUAUACCCACCACCCUCAAACUCCACUUCCCUGCCUGUGUCUGCUGAUCCCCUCCAGGGGUCAGUACCUGGCAUCCCUGUUAGUUCUGCCUCAGUGGGAGUUUCCCUAAAGCCUGCCAUCUGUCAGAUGCUACCUGUGCCCUGCUCCGCCCGUACCAUUGUCACAGCCAUUAUGCCCCCUCCUCCAGCCAAUCAGCAGCCAACGGUGUGUCCGACUCUGGUGCUCAUGGGAAGCCAGAUGCCUGAGGGCCCAGUCAUGGUCAUCCUCCCUCAGCCUGUGACCUCGAAGCAGCAGCCCGCAGCAGCGCCCCCUGGUGGCACCAGGCUGCUCUCCAUUGCUCCCGCACCGGGCUUCACCCCUCCCGUGCAGAGGAGCGGCCAGCAAGUCAGCGUGUCACGUCCUCGCAGCUACAUCUGUGCCCACCUGGGGUGUGGCAAGACCUACUUCAAGAGCUCCCACCUCAAAGCCCACACCAGGACGCACACAGGAGAGAAGCCAUUUGUCUGCAGUUGGGAGGGGUGUGAGAGACGGUUCGCCCGCUCUGACGAGCUGUCCCGCCACCGGCGCUCGCACACGGGGGAGAAGCGAUUCGCCUGCGCCGUGUGCCACAGCCGCUUCAUGCGCAGCGACCACCUCUCCAAGCAUGCCCGCCGCCACCUGUCUGCCAGGAGGGCGCCCAGCUGGCAGCUGGGGGCCCGCCGCCUCAGCGCCCUGCCGCCUUUCGCCGCUGUCUGCCCCGUGCCUUUGGCCUGAGUUUGCAAAUGGUCGGAUGGGGGAGGACAGGGGUGCCCGCAAAACA